AUGUUUAGAACAAAGUCCCAAAAGAUCAAGCAGAAGCAGAAGGAGAAGGAGAGACAGUCUUCCGUUUCAUCUGGGGUGGGCUACAAUGGAACAAAGAAUUCGUCCUCGUCAACCCUACCUGUCCAAUCCUCGGACCUAAAGGGUGCUAUGGAUUCAACACCAUCGCUAGUGACUCCGGAAUCAAAGCCAGAAGCGCCUGUUUUAUCCGAGCCUGAGCCUGAGCCUGAGCCUAAUAUCCCUGUCUCAUCGAAGCAAGCUGUUUCGACUCUAGCUCCAGCUCCGACUUUGACUCCUCCGCUUCCUCAAUCAGCACCGACUGCUCCCUCUGAGCCUGUUGCUUCUAUUCGGCCAGAGGAGACAGUCACUGCUCCUGUUUUUGCUUCUGCUUCUGCUUCUCCUCCGAAGCAAGCUUCUGUUGCUUUUGAGCCUCCGAAACAUACUCCACCAAAACUUACCGCUUUCGUUGAACCCGAGCCCGAGCCCGCUGCUAACAGUCCACCACUUAGCAUCCCCUCGGAGUCCCGCCCCAUCGGCGGCCGCCGCGGCAAGUCUGAUGACGAUGCAAAUGGCACCACAAAGGGUGGCGAAUUGGUUGCUGGUAACACUGGUGGUAUCUCCAACGCAGGCCUGCAGAUCCCCGGCCAGCUGCUCAACGAGGACGAGAAGAGCGCUUUGAAGAUCAAGAUUCACCUUAACCUUCACGCUAAGGUUCGUCUUGACCUUGAUGCUCAGAUCUACGGUGAUGUUGUGAUUGGUCUGCUGUAA